AUGCUAUCCAGUGGUGGUGCAUUCGAUUCGAAAACUCCCGCUGUAUUACUCGAUCAAGAGCGCUAUCUUCCUAUAGGUGAAUAUAUACCCUAUUGCAAAAGUUGUUUAUCUACUCUUAAUUUAGCUAACGUCGUUCGAAUAAUGAAAACUCAGAUGGAUCCGCAAGCAAAGUUAGCUAAAGAUGCAAAAGAAUGUGUACAAGAAUGUGUUUCCGAAUUCAUUAGUUUUAUUGCUUCGGAGGCUGCCGAGUUCUGUCACAAUACAAAAAGAAAGACCAUAACUGCUGAUGACUUGUUGACUGCUCUCGAAGCUACGGGUUUCGAUAAUUAUGCAGAACCUAUGAAAAUUUUUCUCAUGAAAUACCGUCAAGCUCACAAAAUCACAGGCCCAAUACAUAGGACUCAUUCCAAUUAUUCUCGGCCAAAGCAAUUCAUGGAAGAUGUACCUGUGAGACCUCUGUUUUUUGAUACAGAACAGGGUAGAAGAUGUAAGUUUUUUUUUAAAUGAAUCAUCCAACAAGAGUAUGCCUAAAAUUUAAACUUUUGAAAAGUUUGCGCACUUUUCAGGUACAGAAACACAGUAUGUAAUCAACGGCAGCGAAGUAGUGAAAAAUGCGCCAUUCGCCGAUGAAUGGAACGAACAAACUGGCACUCUAAAUGUACAUUCAGAAACCGUACAUAAUGACAAUUGUGAUUUGAGCAAUGAGGUAAGUAAAUAUUUUGAAUUUUCUAUCAAAAUUGUCGAAUUUUUCAAUUAUAGGGUAUCAGGGCGCCAUUUCCAGAUGGAGUGUCGAACAAUGAUCAUGUCUCCCGGAAAAAAAACAGGCAGAAAGAUUUCCCUACGAAACUAUCAGAAUCAACAAGCCACGACGUUCCAAUAGGCGCAAUAGCAUUAGAGCAGCAACAGCAGAUGCAAAUUUAUGUAGAUCCCACUUCAAAACAACACUAUGCCGCUAUGGAGAGUAAGUAAUCUUUCUUAUAUAUAAAACACAAGAGGCGUCUGUCUGUCUGUCUGUCUGUCUGUCUGUCCUUUUGGAUGUCCAGCGAGGGCAGCAGAAAGAAAGACGGGCCAGACAAAACCGAACCCGCACCGCGUGCGCCGCAGGCGCGCCCGCUGUCACUCGGCCACCAGCGCACCCACAGGUAAACCGCGAUGGCCGAAGGAUUAACAAUCAGUGGCUAUACCGAUUGCUCAAAGCGGGACAAUUCGUGGCCGAAGGAGCGGUCCACUGAUUGUCAAUCGUUCGCGCAUCCGCGGUUUUCGAAAAAUUUAGGCCCCUCAUUCCCCUCUGGGCUUUUUCUGCUGAAAUUGGUCGAUAGUAACGCAGAAAACAAUGUAUGUGCUAAAUAAUAGUUUAUUUAAAUAAUAUAUAACAAAAAAUUAUCGUUGUUCUCCGGACUUGGUCGUUUUUCCCGUGCCUGUCCUGUAGAGUCAGUUGAAGUUUGUAGUUGUCGGAGAUGUAGAGGAUGUCGGAGAUGUAGAGGAUGUUGAAGAUGUCGACGGUGUUGAAUGAAGUACUGGAGCAUCUGUAAAACAUAGUUUGAAAAUAGAAAGGAAAGUGUAGAACAUAUACAACGAACGAGUAGUUAUUAGUUUUUAACAAUGUGAUGCAAUCGGAGAAUGUUUUUGCAAAAAGCGAGAAUUUUUUGAAGGAAAACGCAAAAAAUCUGUCCGUUAUCAAUUAUAGAAAACAGUUCACAUUCAAUAUCUUUUGCAUUCAAACGCUUUCGAAUGAGGAAAGAAGUUGAAGAACAUCAGAAAAAUUGUGUUUUUAGGCCUAAAAUUUGUUUUUUACAUGACAAGCUUCGGCUAAGCAGGAUAAUUGUAAACGCUUUCGAAAAAGAAUAGCGAAAAUUUUACAAACAGAAAAAGUAAAGUAUAAUCGGAAAAAAAGCCGCGCUGUGGCGAAAAGUUGUGAAGACUAAAAAAAAAACAAAGUCCAAGAACGCGCGGUCGUCUCGAUUGCUGAAUGAUCGCUAACGGAUUGACCAUCCUUCCCACAUUCACGAGAUGCAUUUUCAUUCUGACACUGCUCGGCCAUCUUUCAGAUGUAGCGCUUUUUCAAGCGCUACGGCUGAAGGGUUAGCCAUCCGUUAGUCAUUCUUCGGCCAUACCGCUCGCUCCGCCACCGUUCGGCCAUGCUUCGGACAUCGCGGUUUACCUGUGCCAUGCGAGACCGGAGGUCGAGCGCGUAGACAUGCGAGGCCGAAGGCCGAGCGCGUAGCUAUGCGAGCGGAGCGAGCAAGCCUGAAACCCGGCGUAAGCCGGGGAGCAGGCUUGUUAAUUAUAUAUCAUGUACAUGAGGCCAUAGAUAUCAUGAGCCGGGCAGUAAGAAAAUGUCCACUGGCCCGGGGUAGUGGAAUUUCGACUAUCAAAACGUGUUUUGUCAAGUUUUGAGUAUGUUUAACACAGGUUGACUAUUUUCUACCUGUAACACAUAAAAACCGAUAAAAAUGCCAAAAAUAACUGUCGUCGGGAAAGAUCCGGGCCGUCAAAAUGUUUCUAUGGCCGUACUGGGCUGGCCGAAAAAUCAAAUCUAGGUAUGUGAGUUUUGUGUUUUUUUUCAGCUGAGAGCGGGAUGGAACUUUAUCCCAUAAUGAUUCAAGAUACUCCCCUGCAAUUGGAAAAUGUUACAGAUCCAAAUGUUAACAUAGAAAGCCUGGUGAGUCUCAGACCAGACACUUAUAAGUUAUAGCAUAUUGCUAUUUUUAUGUUCAGCAAUAUCUUGUUCAUCUCGGCGAUGGAACUGGCGCAGCUCUCGCUUCUUCUGGGAUACCAGAUUCUAGCUCAUCGAAGCCUGUAACUAGUAAUAGUGUUUUACUGUGUCCGUAAGCUCUCAGAAAACAAUUUCAGAUACUAUAACAAGCAAAAAAUCCGAGUGUAUUUCUGGUUUGCAAGAUAGCAAUAAGAACGCUUCCUAUCAGCCGAACAGCCAAACUAUAAAAAGACCAGUCGUUCGAAAAAGGAAAUAG